AUUGUUGUUAUGCCCAACUGAAAGUAUAAUAUUAGCCCAGUUAGUGUCUAAUGUCAUCAGAACAACCUGGGAAAGAUGGCAGAUGUAAGUAAACCUGUGGUCUACAACAGAGAAAAAUGGUUGGAGGAAAAUCAGAAGUUCUUCUUACCACCUGUCUGCAACAAAAUGAUGCAUAACGAUGGGCAGGUGAAGUCCUUUUUUGUCGGAGGUCCAAACCAAAGAAAAGAUUACCACAUAGAAGAAGGAGAGGAGCUUUUCUACAUGCUGAAAGGUGAUAUGUGUCUUAAAGUUGUAGAGCAUGGAAAACACAGAGAUGUUCCAAUCAAGGAAGGGGAGAUAUUUCUGCUUCCUGGCAGGAUAGCCCAUUCUCCUCAGAGAAAAGAAAACACAAUAGGUUUGGUGAUUGAGCGAGAAAGGGCAGAGAAUGAAUCAGAUGGAUUAAGAUAUUAUAUGGAAGAAAAUGGUGAAAAGACCCUGAAAUCAUUGUAUGAGGAAUGGUUUCACUGUGAGGACCUCGGGUCACAGUUAGGACCCAUCAUCAAAAGAUUCUUUGCAUCAGAGCAGUGUAAGACAGGAAAGCCUAUUCCAGGAACCAUACCUGAGAACCCACCCAUUGUCCUAGACAGCAAGAGAUCACUGCAAGACCCAUUCAACUUACACACAUUUAUUGAUGAGAAGCGUCAAGAACUAGAAGAGAAGGGAAAAGUCAACUUGUUUGGAGACAACAAUCAGUUUCAGGUUGAUCUGUAUGGCAAAGGCAGUAACACAGGAAAAGUGGAAGAGGCAGAAACCUUUAUUUGGCAAAUAGAGGGAACCUCUACUGUUACAGUGGAGGGACAGGAGUACAGGCUCGGACCAGCAGAUAUCAUGCUAGUCAGGGCAGCACAAAAAUAUGAAGCUACUCGACCAUCUGGAUCUGUUGCCUUGAUUUGUUACCAGGAUGCAACAAGAAAAGCCAAACUCUUUCCACCGAAUUAAAUUUGGAUUCUGUUUUAAAUGACAAGAAAGUUUGAUAACAUUUUAGCUCCAUUGUAUGUUCAGCAUUAUACCCUUUAACAUUUAUUCAGAGAUAAUAUAACAUAUUAUAUCAGGAA